AUGACAAGUAUUUCAUAUAAUGCAAAAAAACUAAGACCAUUCAAAACUUAAAGAGAUGCUUUGCUCAAUGAUCUUAAAAAAUAAAUACAGGAAUACCAAGAAGAAGAAAAGUUAAAUGAUCAAUAUUUUGAUGAGAUUGGAAAAGCAGAAAAAGAAUAUGAUGCUCUUUUGAAAUAACUUGAGCAUUUUCGGAAAUAAAAUUAGGAUAAAACAUCAGGUCCUUUGACAUAAGAAUCUUAGGGCAUAGAUGCUAAAUUAGAGAAUGAAGUAACAUAAACGCUAAAAUUAUUUCUUUUAAACAUUAGCAAAAAAGAAAAAUUGGAGGAGAUCCAAGAAAAAGAAAUAGCAAAAAGAUUAUGCAGGAUUCAAACACUACAAAUUACUCUCAAUCCAAAACAAGAGGAUGAUAAUACAAAAGUUGAUGAAGAAGAGCUAGAUAAUGGAUAUUAUGUCACAUUACGACACUAAUUCAACUCUGUUUAAGUCAAAGUGCCAGGUACAAUAAAGACAUUCAGAGAAUUGAAGUAAAUUGUAAAAUCCUGCUUCAUGGCACAAGACAAUGAAAUAUUUUAUACAGAUUAGAUGGGCAAUUUAUUGCAAUUUGAAAUGAAUGUACUAAACGAAUUAUAUCCUCCAAUUUAUGAAUUACUCAGGAACUACGAACCUACUGUUGGGAUUCUCAUUAUCAAACAAAAAAAGAACAAGGAAGAGAAAAACAAUAUGUCUCAAAUAGAGGAAAUCUUAUUCACAGAAGCAUACCCUGAUGGAUUAACAAAGGGCUUCAGAUAAACUAGAAGAUCGGAAAAUAAAAUCGAUUGGUCAGUGUAUCUAGGGUAUUUAAACAAAGUUAAAUACUUUUUUGAAUCUUGUCUUUUUAUACUAUUACUGUUUUUAUUUAUAUUUACAGAAAUCAACCAAAUCAAAUUCGUUACUAAUACUCAAAUACUAGCUUCAUUUUAAAAUUCAUAUCCUAUCCAAAGAUCUUACCAAUAACCUGUAUAUAAUUUGUCAACUCUAAUAAACCUAACUCUAGCAGAAGAUAAUGAUAUUCACAAUUUUUACAAUUAUCCUUUAAAAUCGGGAUUGCUAAUUUAAAAAUUAAUAUAGGAAGACAAUUUAGAUGAUUGCCAUAUUUUGAAUUCAAAUCAAAAAUAAAUCUUUUUAACAAAAAAUUAAAGCUGCCUAAAUUUUAAUUAAUUAUUUGUUGAAGAUUUAGAAGGUGAUUAUACUCAAACUGAAUUUAAUCCAUCUAAAUAUGAUAGUUAUUAUGGAGGAUAUGUUUGGGAGCUUAAUCUCACAAAUUAGAAUAGUUUCUAAAACAGUAUUGAAUAGAUCAAAUCUUAAGAUUGGUUGAAGUACAAUAUUAAAUAAUCUUAAUUUAUUUUAAAUUAUUUUAAUAGUCCAAGUUAGAGAUUAAUAUAAGCAACAAUUACAACGCUAUACUUAUUUAAUGAUGAAUUACUCAAUUAUAAUACUAUGUAAACACAAGCAUUUGAUUUAAAUUCUAAAACAGAUCAAGAAGUGCUUGCUCAUACUUUGAUGUUCUAUAUAGCUAUUCUUUUACUUAUUCCUUCGUUUUUUGACUUUUUUGGGUUUUAUUUCAUUGGAACACAGAAUAGUUUAGUCUUAAUAUAUUAAAAAUAUAUAGAGCUGUUAAACAGAAGAAAAAAGAUGCAAUCUAAAAAAAGAGAAUUAGCGCCAUAAGAAGAGAGGGAGUUCCAAUAAAAACAAUUAAUUGUAAGUGAUUUUUUCAUCUUCAAUCUAAAAGUCCUUUAUGUAGUUAUUAAAAUUCCACUGAUAUUCGAUAUCAUUUAUAUGCUCAGCAAUGUUAGCAUAUUAAUAAGAAGCACAAUAUCGAAGGCAUAUUAAGAUUAGUUAGAUUUAAUUGAUGUUGGAUCUAAUUCAUAUUAAGAUAUCUCAAAGUUAAUAGUUCCUCUAUAUACGACAAGAAUUUAUGAUGGGAUUUAAAUGUUGUUCUUAAUGAUAGCUAUUAAUAGAUUCCUAGGUAAUUGGAGUCCUUAUCUAAAGUGUUAUGGAUUAGUUAUAAUUAGGUUUAAUAAGGAAUCUUGGUUCCUACUUUUAGUGUUGAUAUUUAUUAUUAGCAUUUGUGCUAUGUCAUGGAGCAUUACAUUAUAAGGGAAGCUAGUAAAUCAUGAUAAUUUCUUUUAUUCAUUUCUUGGUUUAUUGAGAUGCACUCUUAAGUAUGGAAUGCAUAAUGAUAUAGCAGAAUAAGGAUUUGAUAAUAAUUAUGUUAAGGAUAUAAGUUAUUCUUUCGAUACAAGAUAUAUUCAAUAUGUCAUUGUCAUGGUACUUUCUAUGAUUAUGGUACCAAUAUUUAUUUCUUUGAUGACACAAUAAGUACACAAUACAAAAGAAGAAGCCAAAUAAAAGAUGAUGGAUUAUAAAAAAUGA